GAAGUAAAAGCCAAGGAGUCCGCCGCCCCUUGCAGAAUACCCGCAGCACAACGCGUGAACCUUCUCGGUGGAUCACGGUCGCUGCACACACUAGUCAGGACCCCGCGACCCCCCCUCUCGCGGCUGAGCGAGGGCGGGUGUUCUCAGCCACCAGCGAAGGCUCCCGGCCCCGCGCAGGACUAGUGUGUUCAGAGCUCCCAGUCAGAGUUCAAGUCCUGCCCAACCUUCCCAGUUAGUACUGAGGAGUUCCCAUAGGACAGCAACUCGGGGUCCUCCUCGGAGCGGGAGGAGGCAGGCGACUGCGGAAAUGCCCCCUGAAUGGGGAAUGCCCAUUUGUGCAAUAAACCUCACUCUCUCCACCCCCAGCUCUGCGUCCCAUCCCCCCAGAGCAGGAGCUGAAUCAAUUUCGCUCUCCCCAGCCAGGAGUUCCCCGCAGGGCUUCCUCCCCUCCCCUCCCCCUGGCCCGGGGGGGGGGGGGGGCGUGUGCAUUUCCUCUGGUCGCUUCAGGGACCGUCGCGCACAGGUGCUCGGAGACACUCUGGAGAGAGAAGUAGGGAGCUGUGAGUCACCCCGCCCUAGUGCUGGGCCCCGGGAGAGGCCGGGCGGGGCUGUCAUUUCUCCCCGGAGGGGUGACCCGAGCUGCCGGGACUUGGAAAAGCUCUUUUACUUCGUCGGAUCGCUCCCCAGCGAUGCCCCGGAUCGGGGUUCUCCUGCUCCUGGUGAACGGAAAAAGGAUGACUGCAAAGCUGAUGGGGACAAACUUGUCUGUGAGCCCUGCUCGGAAGGGAAGGAGUACACAGACGAGGAACAUUAUUCUCCUACAUGCAGAAGAUGCGGGAUUUGUGAUGGAGAGCAUGGCUUAGAAGUGGAAAAAAACUGUACCAAGACCCAGAAUACCAAGUGCAGAUGUAAAUCAAACUAUUUUUGUAACACUCCUCCAUGUGAACACUGUAACCCUUGCAGCACGUGUGAACAUGGAAUCAUUAAGGAUUGCACACCAACCAAUGACACCAGAUGUAAAGCAGGAUCCACAUCUCACUUACGCUUGCUGUGGCUCCUGAUCCUGGUUCCAAUAGCAGCUGCAUUCAUAUUGUGGCGGGUGAAAAGACGGCGCCGGAAUAAUAAUCUUCCUCCCUCUGAACCUACAUCUCCAGAUACUGAAAUGCUCCCAGUGAUUUCUUCAGACAUUGACCUGACUGAUUACAUUAGCACUAUUGCUGAGCUAAUGACAAUAAGUGAAGUUAGAGAUUUCGUUCGGAAGAAUGGUCUCAAAGAAGCCAAAAUAGAUGAAAUCAAGAAUGACAAUCUCCAAAAUACAGCUGAACAGAAGGUCCAGCUGCUCCGUAAUUGGUAUCAAGUUCACGGGAAGAAAGACGCAUUUACCACUUUGAUUACAGGUCUCAAAAAAAUCAAACUUUGUGCUCACGCAGAUAAAAUUAAAGAUAUAGUCCUCAAUGACAUUACUAGUAAACGUGAAAAUACUAACAUCACAAAUGAAAAUGAAAGCCAAAGAUGUAAACUGAAGAUAGUUAUAAACUGAAACAGAGGUAUCAAAAUACCUAAACAGCUUCCACUGAAGGAAAAUUUUCCCCCUGAUGUUCGAAAAUGUGAAAUGUAGGUAAAAAUGUUUAAUUAAAAUCAUUUUUUGGUAUUUCUGGUUA